AUGUUGCUCGAUGAAAAUGGAUGCUCUGUGGACAAAUACCUACUAACCAACCUGGUCUACACCUCGGCCCUCACCGGUGGGCAGAGCUCGUUUGUGUUCAAAUUUGCUGACCAACCAUCCCUGUAUUUCCAAUGUCAAAUAAGGCUAUCGCUCAAGGAGGAUGGGGCUUGUCAUAGAACCUCCGACGCCUGCCCGAAUACGUUGAGAGGAAAGCGUUCCGCACAAAAUGUGACGGUCAUCCAGCCGCGAGGCCCGGAUGUUGAUGUAUUUUCGCAGAGCAUGACCGUGUUUGAGGUUGACGAGGAUGCGAAUAAAUCCAACAACAAGGUCGCCCAGUCGCUGGCCGAGCAGUGGGAAGGAGGGGUCGAAAUUUGCAUGUCGCAGUGGAGUUUCAACCUUCUCAUCUCCGUAAUGGCCACAAUCGGCUUGACAACACUAUUAACACUCGCUCUACUGUGUCGAAAACACACGGCCAAAGUCAGCUUCCUAGAGCAG